UGUCAGUAAUGCUUAAACCCAAACUUCAUCCAAUCCAAAAACCAAAAUUGGGUCAAAAAAACACUUUUUUCCCCUAGAGAACAGAAAAAAACACAACAGAUUCGUGUUUCAACCUCUCUCCUUCCAACAGACUCUCUCUCGCUCUUGUGGAAUCAGAGCUCAAAUCUAUGGGUGAUGGUACUCCUAGGAAACUAAACAUCUUACCUGAUCACUUUACUGUUCCUACUUCCACCACAGAAGAUUCUCCUUCUCCAUCAUCUUCAAACCCCCAAGACGACGAUAAUAUUUCUUUGAGAGUAGGGUCUCUUAGUCAAAGCCAGUCCAGUAGUACUCGCAGAAAACUGAAAAGAGCAGCACAUAUGCUGAAUCUCUUCUCUCUUCGCCGUCUUCCUUGGGUGGUUUCUAAUGGCCAAGAAAAGGUAGAGCUAUCAGCAGCAGAGUUAGAGUCACUUAGAUCAGAACUAUCUGACUUGGAAGAAAGAGAAGCUUACCUCAAAGCACAGCUUGAACAUGUGGAUGAAGUCUUGCGCUCUGCUCGUUUAUCUGGCUAUCUCUUUAUCCGAAGUCGUUGGGAAGCUCUCCCUGGUGAACCACCUCCACUAGACGAUGCAGAAGUAGAUGACUGGCUUCCUAGAUUCGUCGUUCUCCAAGGACCUUGUCUCUUCUUCUAUUUAUUAUCUACUGAUUUGAGCCCUCAAGAUUCGACAUUGCUAGCGGAUAUCGUUGAAGUUGGUUCGUUGCCAAGCUACACGAGAGAGUUCGAUGAAACACAUCACUGCUUUUACAUCUUGACCCGUCAAGGUCUAAGGUUUGAGUGCUCGAGCACUUCUAAAACACAGGUGGAUUCUUGGUUGUCGGUAUUGCGCCAUGAUUGUAGGUUUGAGCCUGAAGAAAGACUACCAAGUGGAGGAGUGAAUUGAAAGAUUGUUUCACACUUUUAACUGCUUUGUAACAGUUUUCAUUUUUUUUUUCUAUGUAUAUAAUGCUUCUUUCUUAAGAUGUAGUUAGGAAUUUACGUCAUUGAAAAGUUUUCUUACUGAACUGGUGAGAUUAUAACAUCAUACCUUAUAUGUGGC